UACUGAAGCCUGCUUGCGUCAUAAGAUAAACGUCAGUGCGCCAAAUUCAGAGGUUGAUGUUCAGAGUGUGUAUUAAUAGUGAGGUGAUAUCAAGAAUUUGCGAAUUCUAUUGUUGAUAUUUAUGGAAUUGAACUAUUCCUUCGAGCGUUUGUCGAUUUUCCGAUAAAGAUUAUUUGUACCUAGAGGAUCUUAUAUAAUUGAUAUGGAAACAAUGCGAAAUGACAGAUCAGGAAUUCAGGCCAUUUUAUUCGACCUAGAUAAUACUAUUAUCGCAACAAGGAAAGCUGAUAAAUUGGCAUGUAAUAGAAUUUCAGAAAUCUUAUGUCAAGAAUUCGGAGUACCUGAAGAAAUUGCCGUACAAAGUUGCAUACAUUUCCUACAUGAAUUUCGGAAAUGUCCCCAACAUCCUUCCAUAGAUCUUCACGUUUGGAGGCAGAAAUUGUGGUAUCAAGCAUUACAUCCAAAUUAUCAAAAGUAUUGUGAAGCUGUGUACAAACAAUGGCUUUAUCUUCGAUACCAUUACCUGCAAAUAUCCCACGAAACCUUCGAUAUAUUGAAGAAACUCAAGAAGACUUAUCUGAUUGGUUUAAUAACCAAUGGUCCUUCAGCAUCCCAGUGGGAAAAGAUCGAGAAGCUCAGCCUGAAGCCUGUCUUCGACGUCAUCUUGGUGUCGGGCGAUUUGCCCUGGGAGAAACCCAACGAGAAAAUAUUCAAGAUGGCUUGCGAUUAUCUCGGCGUUAAGCCUGGGAACGCUCUGAUGGUUGGAGACAAACUGGAAACGGAUAUCUUGGGUGGAAUUAAAGCGAAACUUGGUGGUACCGUGUGGGUUCCUUUGCAUGCCAACGAUAAAGGAGGGAAGUUCGAAACUCAACCAGAUUUCGUGAUCGACCACGUGAACGAACUCCCCAAGGUGCUGAAAAAUGCGUAUCGCUCUCCUAAACUGCGUAGGAAGAGCAAGGAGCUCGCUCGUCCUUACAAUUUCAAAAAAUACUCCCAACCGGAUCUGAGCGAUUGUAAUAGCAAUAGCAGCGAUGGAAGUUAAGUUUUGAGGAUCAGCAAUUGUUGAGGCGAGCAAGAGGUUGGAUGGAGGAGUUUAAGAAGAUGAUGGGGAGUUUGAGCUAAUGAUGCAGUUUUGAUAUAAUGGAAGUUAUGUCGUGUCGUUCCUGGAGUAUAGGAAAAAAAAAAGAUAUAUUUUAGAAUCUGUCGUGUAGAAAAUGGAGUUAUUGAGAGGGAAAUAGAAUUUAUAUUUUAUUAAAAGAAUGGAAUUCGAAUACCUCAAUAUACAAAACUGUAAAUAUAUAGUUCUAUAAAUA